GCACUCCCGUAAAUCCUCCCUUCCCCAAGCCGCAGUGCGCCUAUCCGCCGUCGAUCCCGUUCGGCGGGCAACGGACGGCUGUGGUCGGGCCCACGAAGGCGGAGUACGGACCCUAGCGGGUGGGGGCGGACGGAGGGAAUGAUUGGGGUCGGGCUCCGGAGGUUUGACUGCUGAACCGAACAGGUAGCAAAACCUAAAGAAAAAGAGAGACACGCAAAGAAAAAGAGGGGAGAGAAGAGAACGAAAAGAGGGGGGAGAGAGAGAGAGGCCGAAAUCUGGUGGUUCCUUUUUGUUUUGUUUUGUGUUGUAGAGAAGGAGAGAGAGAGAGAGAGUGGGAGGAGGAAGCCAUCGUCUUUUCUGUCCUCUUUCUUCUCUUCUUUCCCCUCCUUUGGCUUCGCUUCCUCCUUGGUGGUGCUGUCCAAUGGAGGGGGAGAUGAGAGAGGAGAGGGCUUCUCUUUUCUGAGCGCCGGCACCCGUGGGGCAAAGGGAGGGGAGAAGAGAGAGGGAGUUAGCGUUUGGUGUUGGUCAAGUGGGGAAUCAUGCAUAUGAUGCGACGGCUGAAGAGCAUUGCGUCCGGGAGGUCGUCGAUUUCGGAUCCCGGUGGAGAUCCUGGCACAAAAAGAGCAAAGUUUGAUCAGGAUGGAGCAGGGGAAGUUUCUUCAGAACCACAUCUUGUUGAAGACAAAGCUGUUGGUCUAGAUCAGAAUAUGACUUCAACUCAUUUACAUUUGGAUGCAAGCACAUCCAACAUGGAUCCACCUGCUAGAACUGAAGAUGCUGCUGUGGAUCAGCUUCCGAAGGAAAUGCAUGAAAUGACAAUUAAGGAUGAUAAAGUUGAAGACCACAAUGAGAAGGAUACUGAAGGGACAAUGGUGAGUGGAAAUGGAACUGAGAGAGGUCAGAUAAUUGCAACAACAAUAGGUGGUCGAAAUGGCCAGCCUAAACAGACAAUCUCAUAUAUGGCAGAACGUGUGGUUGGGACUGGUUCAUUUGGCAUAGUCUUUCAGGCUAAGUGUGUCGAAACAGGAGAAACGGUGGCUAUCAAGAAGGUGCUGCAAGAUAAGAGAUACAAGAAUAGAGAACUCCAAAUAAUGCACUUACUUGACCAUCCAAAUGUAGUCCAACUAAAGCACUAUUUCUUUUCAACCACUGACAAUGAUGAGGUCUACCUCAACCUUGUACUUGAGUAUGUAUCUGAGACUGUUUAUCGCAUUUGCAAGUACUAUACCCGGAUGAACCAACGUAUGCCUCUCAUAUAUAUUCAGUUGUAUACAUAUCAGAUCUGCCGUGCACUUUCUUACAUCCAUCAUGUUGUAGGAAUCUGUCAUCGUGACAUUAAGCCACAAAAUCUGUUGGUCAAUCCUCAUACUCAUCAAGUAAAGCUUUGCGACUUUGGCAGUGCUAAGAAACUGGUUCCAGGAGAGCCUAAUAUAUCUUACAUCUGCUCACGGUACUAUAGGGCUCCAGAGCUCAUCUUUGGAGCUACGGAAUAUACCACUGCAAUUGAUAUGUGGUCUGUUGGUUGUGUUUUGGCGGAGCUUCUUAUAGGGCAGCCUCUAUUUCCUGGAGAAAGUGGGGUUGAUCAGCUGGUGGAAAUCAUUAAGAUCUUAGGUACCCCUACACGAGAAGAGAUUAAAUGCAUGAAUCCAAAUUACAAUGAGUUCAAAUUUCCUCAGAUUAAAGCCCAUCCCUGGCAUAAGCUUUUCCACAAGCGAAUGCCUCCCGAGCCAGUUGAUCUUGUAUCAAGGCUACUUCAGUACUCACCAAAUUUGCGUUGCACAGCUUUGGAGGCCUGUGCCCAUCCAUUCUUUGAUGAAUUGAGGGACCCAAACACCCGUCUGCCAAAUGGACGCCCCCUACCUCCUAUAUUUAAUUUCAUGCCUGAAGAGCUUGAAGGUGCUUCUCCUGAACUCAUUCAGCGCCUCAUUCCUGAGCACGUGAAGAAAUGAAUGCGGCAAGCAGUAUCUAAGCGUUGUGGUGUUAAUACAAAGAUUUCUGGACAGCACAAUCCAUGAUAUAUCAAGUAUGGUGCCCCCAAGUGACUGAUCAGUUUGUGAUUUGAUCAAAAGAGAGAGAGGCUUUAGGGAGGGGAAUAUUCAUGAACUGUCAGAUCUUUGCACCUGAGGCGGAUGUCGAGAUGACUUGCGAGCAUCAUAGGCAGGCAUGACAUGAUUUGGGUUUUUGCCCAUCUACAUGUAUUCUGUGUGAGAGGGUUGCUUGCAUUCCAGCUUCGGUAGCCACAGGACAUAAUGCUAAACUAGUGCUGAUUUCUUGAAAAAUUUCCUUGUACGUAGAGAUGAAGUUUUUAGAAUGUUCUGUUCUGGGAACUAGAUUAUGUGGCGUUUGUCUUGGUUUCUAAAUGGAGUAUUGUAGGUAUUUCGGUACAGAAUGGUAGUAGGUUCAAAAAUAAAAUGUGUAUAUCAGCAGUCUCAAGGUUUCUGUAGUGUGGUA